AUGGCUGCCCUCGCCACCAAGACCGAGUCGCAAAACAUCUUCACCAAAUUGAAGUCGAAGCCCGCGAACAAAAUAUGCUUCGACUGCGGCGCAAAGAACCCAACAUGGAGUUCUGUACCUUUCGGCAUCUACCUAUGCCUCGACUGCUCGUCCAACCAUCGUAACAUGGGCGUCCACAUCUCCUUCGUGCGAUCCACCAACCUCGACAUCUGGCAAUGGGACCAAUUACGGAUCAUGAAAGUCGGUGGUAACGAAAGCGCUACCAAAUACUUCCAAUCGCAUGGAGGCUCCGCCGCACUUGCGAGCAAAGACCACAAAGCCAAAUACACCAGCAAUGCUGCCACCAAGUACAAGGAGGAGCUGACUAGGCGCUGUGCUGCGGACGCCAGAUUAUACCCUAACGAGGUUGUAAUCACAGAUGUACCAGAGACUGGCACUGACGGCACCAACACUCCAGCUGGCGAAGACGACGACUUUUUCUCCUCAUGGGACAAACCCACCAUCAAGCGACCGUCGAACCCACCCUCGCGUACCGGUACACCAAAGGUUGGAUCACCCUUCCUGAAGCCUGGUGCUAACGGCAACGGAACCGAUCGCCCCAAGUCGCCACUUGUCGGCGGCUCCGAAUCGAGCACACCCGCUGCAAAGCCGGCAGCCGUUCGCAAGACGACCGCAGGCGCCGCGCCGAAGAAGAACAUCUUGGGCGCGAAGAAGAAGGGCCUCGGAGCAAAGAAGGUGGUUGCUGCUGACGGAGGCCUGGAUUUCGAGGAAGCAGAGCGAAAGGCUCGCGAAGAGGCAGAGCGUAUUGAGAAGUUGGGCUAUGACCCCGAAGCCGAAGCCGCUGAGGCUGCCGCCGCCACAAAAUCGAAAGCUCCUGAGGCGUCAGCCAUCGUCUCUCCCACUCCCGUAUCGCCACCACGAGGUGGUUUCGGUUCUACUUCCAAGCCCGAGCGCUCCAGCCAAGAUAUGGAGAGGUUAGGCAUGGGCGUACAACGUCUGGGUUUUGGGCAAGUAGGUGCCGCGAAGAAGCCUGUAGCACAGAAAAAGAUGGGUGGCUUUGGCAGCGUAGGAAAGCCUGCGCAAGACGACGGGGAGAAGUACGCGCGGGAGAAAUUUGGUACGCAAAAGGGUAUAUCGAGUGACGAGUUCUUCGGACGAAACGCAUUCGAUCCCAGCGCAACCGCGCAGGCCAAGGAGAGGCUAUCAGGCUUUGAAGGCGCAAGCGCCAUCUCCUCCAACGCAUACUUUGGUCGACCCGAGGACGAUGUCGCGGAAGAAGACUACGGUGACCUUGAAACCGCUGCCAAGGACUUUGUCCGCAAGUUUGGUCUCACGGCUGGCGACGAUCUUGAGAACCUGACGAACAUGCUUGGCGAGGGCGCUACAAAAUUACAGGGUGCCGUCCGGAACUACCUCAACUCGUAG